AUGUCCGCCUCGAAACCCACAAUCAUCCUCGUCCACGGCGCGUGGCACUCGCCUGAGCAUUUCCGUCCGUUGGAGCAGGCACUCAAUUCACCACCACCAUCGUCAUCUUCUUCUGGUGGUGCUAAUGGUGGUGCUAAUGGCUACAGAACCAUCUCGCCCUGGUUACCCAGUAUGCACUACACCCACCUCGGCCUGCCCCCUCCAUCAAACAUCGCCGACGACAUCGCCGCGAUUCGUCAGGCCAUAAUCUCCGAAUUGACAUCCCACCCGACUACCAACGUCGUGGUGCUUUCGCACUCGUACGGCACCGUACCGGCCACCGCGGCGCUCGAGGGACUCGACAUCGCCGCGCGCGCACGGGCUGGCUACGGUAAUGGAGUGACCGCGCACAUGGUCAUCUCGGGCCUCCUCGCGCCCGCGGGGACCUCUCUCCUCGACUGGGGUGGCGGGAAAGUUCCACCGACGAUGGUCUUGUCAACGGUUCCGGUUCCUUUGUCUUCGUCCGGAGAUGAAACCGGUGGCGUCGAGAAGGGGGAUAGGGAAGUCAAGGUCUGCACGCCCGUCAAGGAACCCGGUCCGGUCGCGCUGUUCUAUCACGAUCUCGCUGAGCGGGAUGCGCGCGCCGCCGAACACUAUGCGAGUCUGUGUGUGCCGCAGGUCUGGGCCGUGCAGGAAACGGUCGUGCCGUUUGCCCCGUGGAGUCCACCCGGUGCAGAGAUAAGGUCGAAAACAGAAUCUCCAUCGAAUAUAGACCCCCAAACCCAGUCCCAGUCAGGACCAAUAUCAGACUCGGACAUGGGUACGGGUAUAGGUACAGGUAUGGACAUAUACUACCUCGUCUGCGAAAACGACCGGGCUCUCCCAGCGGCGAUCCAGCGGGUCAUGAUCGACGCCGCUGACAAGGGCAUUGCGAUGCACCACCACCGUCAUCACCACCACCAUCUCCCUUUGUCGAAAGCCCAAGGGGCCAAAAUCCACGUCACCGCGAUCGACAGCGGACAUUGUCCGUUUUUGAGCCGGGUGGACGAGACGGCGCGGUGGUCUAGUGUGGUUGAGUCUAGUUGA